AUGGAUCCAAAAAGAGUUGAUGACAUCUUGUUUCCUAGAGAUGGUCAAGAAAUGGUUGCUGAGUUCGAUCUAAUAAUGGAAGAACACAUUCGACGUGCUCAAGCACGUGAGAUUCAGUAUAAUGCAAGCAAUGAAGAACAAAUGUCUCCAGUAAUACGAUGUGUGGAUGAUUCGGUAGGCUCACCGAUGGUACAGGAAUAUUGGAUUGAAUUUUUGAAUGUGGAUGAAGCAUCAGGAUUUGGACUUUUCACUGAGCUUAAAAUUGUGUUAAAGAAUCUUGAGCUUGAUAUUAAUAAUAUAAGAGGUCAAGGGUAUGACAAUGGAGCUAACUUGAGCGGGAGACAUAGGGGUGUACAAAAAAGUUGGGAAAGUCAUGUGGAAAGUGUGAAGCCUAUAAAAGAACAAUCUAUACAAAUAAGAAACGCUUUACUUGACUUGGCAAACAUUGUUGAAGAUCCAAAGACAAAAAGUGAAGCUGAGUCCUUAGCAAUAUAUGAAGUUGAAAAUUUUGAGUUUUUGCUAGGCAUUGUAAUUUGGUAUAAGUUGUUGCAUGCAGUCAAUACUGUGAGUAAAUUUUUUCAAGCCGAAAGCAUGUAUAUUAAUCCAUGA